GUUAAAUGCACGUCACCAAAGCAGAAUAAUAGAAUAUUUUCGAAACAAAACAAAGUUGGAGACAUGGACAAGGAUGCGUUUACAUUACAGGCCAUACGGCAGGACCUUAUCGAUAACAAUCUGCAGGCUAAGGCAAUAAUACACGACAUCCUGAACAGCCGCACCUCCAUCGCCGAACUCGAGGAGCUGAACGAAGCGGGCCGCUCCAAACUGUCUGCUAUCCGCAAAAGCAUCGAGCGGCUGGACGACUGGGCGCGGGACACGGCAGACUCUGCGCUGGCCAAUGAAGUGGACGACCACCGUGAUCAGUUCUCCAAAACGCUGCAGGCGUUCCGAAAAGCAAACGUGUCCACGAUGCUGGAGAUCGAGAAGGCCAAUCGGGAGGAGUUAAUGGCCAUUACCGGCGAGAGUGAGCUACGCCAACGAACCACAACACGGGCGCGGCACAACCAGGGCAGUCUGGUUUCGCAGGAGAACGACGUGACCGAGAAGAUGCUGGCUAUAUCGCGGCACCUCUCGGAGACCACCCAGAAGAGCGCCAUCACCCUGGAAACGCUCGUGGCCUCGUCGCAAAAUGUGGAGGCCACCAGCGACGAACUGCACCACACGGCCGGCAGCAUUAGCAUGUCCGGCAAGCUGCUCAAAAAGUACGGACGACGCGAGUGCACUGACAAAAUGCUGCUCUUCUUCGCCUUCUCCUUGUUCCUCGCCUGUGUCUUUUACAUCGUCCAAAAGCGACUCUUCUAAGACUCCACAAAUGGACAAAACCCGUUCCCAAAAUAGCUUAAGGUUGUCGCUUCUGUUGUCUAGGUAUAGCUAGAUUAAGCUUAGCACAUGACCAUACCUUGUAAGCACAGCUCCUAUAUUUAUAUUAUUUAGUGAUUUGCCUAAGUUGUAAACGUGGUACAGCCAAAGACCCUAGAAUAACAAGAUGCGUAACGCCAUACGAUUUUUUGGCACACGAUUUUUUGGCCGUGGCUCUAGAGGUGGCUCCAGGCUCUCUCGAAUUUUUGUUAGAGAGCGAGAGAGCGAAGAGCGCUACAGCGAACAGCUCUUUUCAACGCACAAAGUGAUAGCAGACAUCUGUAUGUGUGCACACGUAUUCACAUGCAUUGUAAAUUUGACAAAAUAUGCCCUUCACCUUAGAAGUUCUUUGGCUUUAAAUCUAUAUUAUUUUUUAUCAAUUGGCACCAUGCGAAAAAUUCUUGUUUUGCAUUGCCUUAACGUUAUUAUUAUUUGAAAAUAGAUUAGAAAUAGUCAAAUCUAUGUACAUAUUAUCACAAAAAUAAAUUUCAAAAAUGAAUUUAUAUAAGAAUAUUUGUCAUUAGAGUAUUCAUCUUGCGGCGUGUGAAAAAUUAAUAAGGCAAUGAUUGUUGAGUGCUUGUGUCCGCACUUCGUGCCUCAAGAUAUGAACAAAGCAAAGACACUAGAAUAAUUCUAUUGUCUUUGAUAUUACUUUUGCAAUUUAAUUUAAUUGCAUAUUUAAUUAUUUAGUAUAUUUAUUAAAUCAUUUGACUUAAUAUGAUGUAACAUUAACAUUAAAAGUGUUUCAAAAAAAAUAUUUCGGUUUUAAAAAAUUGUCAGAUGAGAGACAAAUUAGAAUUAAACAUAAAUACAAAUGUGUAAACGGUAGCUAAUUCGAGCGGCGAUUUUAACAAAGAAAUUUAAAAAAGCUUUAAAAUUAUAAUAGCCAGGGCGCGAAUUUUUAAAAAUUUUUUAUUUUAUCAUAUUGCUAGGAAAUUGGCAAAAACUACCCUAAUAUGUACCAUGUAAAUUCGUUUCUUCGAUCAGAAUUGAUUUCGGCCCGAAAAUCGUCUUCUAGCACAACACGCACACUUAUACGCGUUCUCGUCUCUUGUUUUUACUCACACAAGCAAGCAAAUUAUAUUUUUAGAUUUCUUACGCUCUAAGCGGGAGUGAGCGGAAAGAGAGUAAUUUUGGCCGUCACCAAAAAAGUGGCUGCAUAGUGCCAAACCAAUGUAUGGCCGUUACGCAUCUUGUUAUUCUAGUGUCUUUGGUACAGCCUAGUAUAGUAUGGUAAAUGCAAUUUAUUUUUAUUUAGAAUAUAUGAGUGUUGUAUAUGUAGAUAAAAAUGUUAAGCAAGUUAGUAAGGGCACCUAGGCACUCCUCCGGGGUUUGUGAAUCCGUUGGUGUUGACCAACCUGCAGAUGUCCUUGUAUGACCGCGCCGAUUUUGCAGGCCUUUCUGGCUGUGGCUGGGAAUAACCUCUGUUGUAAUAGUCAGGAUAGAACUGGAACCAAGAAGGCCUGUGGUAGUUGUAGUCGGGAAAAAAUUCUUUAAGCACAGAGCUGCUGCAGAAUCUGCUUAGCCCCAGAAUCCACAGCAGAAUGUAUAUAAUCGACUUGCGCAUGGCCACUUCGCCUGAGCUUAAGAUUUGGAAUAAAGCCGUACCCGAUUCUCAUUGU